GACCGCCGGCUUCCUGUGCGCUUCCCAGCGGCGGUGCCGACGCUCCGGUCCGUGCCCCGCCAGGCGCUGCGCCGUGCUCCGGCACCCGGCACCAUGCUGCGCCGAAAGCCCUCCAACGCCGGCGAGAAGGAGCCGGGCCACAGGAAGCUCUCCCUGCAGCGUUCCAGCAGCUUCAAGGACUUCGCCAAAUCCAAAGUCAGCUCCCCGGUGACGAGCGAGAAGGAGUUCAACCUGGAGGAGAACAUCCCCGAGGAUGAACCCAGCAGCGCGGGCCCCGAGGAGGCGGCGCGGAGCAGCAGCAGUGGGAUGAAGCUGGGCAAGAAGUGGCGGGCUGUCAUCUCCCGCACCAUGAACCGCAAGAUGGGCCGCAUGGCCGUGCGGGCGCUGGCCGAGGGGAAGCAGGCGGAGGUGGAGGAGGAGGGGUGUCCGUCCCCCCUGCCCUCAGCUGGCACGGAGGAGCCGAGCCACGAGAAGAUGCCUCUGUCCUACGUGGAGAUGGAGGAGGACGCGCACCCGUCCGUCAGCCGCCAGCUGUCCACUGGCAGUGAGGGGCUCAGCCCCGGCCCCACCAGCCAGGACAGCCCACGGUUGGAGGACGGCAGCCCAGCCUACACCGGGCCCUUCUGCGGCAGAGCCCGCGUGCACACCGACUUCACACCCAGCCCCUACGACAAGGACUCGCUGAAGCUGCGGAAAGGGGACAUCAUCGGCAUCAUCGAGAAGCCACCUGUGGGCACCUGGACGGGGCUGCUCAACAACAAGGUGGGCUCCUUCAAGUUCAUCUACGUGGAUGUCAUCCCCGAGGAGGCAGCCCCCACCCGCAAGAGCCGGGGCCAGGGCAAGAGCAAGCGGCUCAAGCCCAAGACCCUCCAUGAGCUGCUGGAGCGCAUCAACCUGCAGGAGCACACCUCCACGCUGCUGCUGAACGGCUACCAGACCCUGGAGGACUUCAAGGAGCUGCGGGAGACCCACCUCAACGAGCUGAACAUCACCGACCCCCAGCACCGCGCCAAGCUGCUCACUGCUGCUGAGCUCCUCCUGGAUUAUGACACAGCAAGCAGUGAGGCGGAGGAAGGGGACGGCACCGCAGAGCAACAUUCGCCCUCAGAGCCCAAGGGGGACAUUCCCCGGGACUCGGGCUGCUUCGAGGGCUCCGAGACCCUGGAUAGCAGCCGUGAGGAGGCCGAGCUGCCGAGCCCUGCGGGGCAGCCGCAGGCUCUGUCCCUGGCAGAGUCCUCCUGAGCCCCUACAGUGCUUUACAGGCUCUGGUGUGGCAGUGGACAGAGGGGAGAACUCAGUGGGGUGUGGGUGAGCCCCAGGGAUGAGGCCACACUGCAGGACCCCGCGCUGCGGGUGGGUCGGUCCCCCAGGUGUGCUGCUCCAGGACGAUCUGUGCUGCCCCACGCCACCAUCCCAUGCAGCAGGUGCUCCAGGCACCGCAGGAGAGUCCCAGAGGUGCUGCAGGUCUGCUCGCCAGGGCUGGGCUGCCCCAUUUCAUCCACAGCUUUAAGAGCUCCUCUGGGAGCCUGUAAUCUGCCGGGCCAAGCAAACAGCAGCACGAAGGAGCCUGUAAGGACGAGGAUAGCAUGGACAGAGCAAGCCCAGCGCUGAGCAAAUCAUGCAAGCAAGCAGAGGCAUCGAGGCAACGUCGCUACCAGAAGGACUUUGCUUUCCCCAACCACCAUCCUCACACAGCCAAAGCACACGGGGGAAGGUGUGCGGGAGGUUCAGCAGAGCCCCGAGAGCAGCCCAGCAGGUACCAGGAGGCAGCCUGGGGGAGAACCUCCACGUUCCAGAGGGGCUGUGUGAGGAAGGGGGCUGAGCACUGUGCUGCCUGAAGGUGAACCCACGCAGGUCCAGGCUUUCCCCACGGCCCUGCAGGACACGUCAGACCGGUCCCUCCCAGCAUCAGCUGCUCCGGGCAUCCCUGGGAAGGGGCAGGGGAGCUGCAGCACCACUGGGGCAAUGAGCUGGUCAGGAGCGUGUAUCACCUGUAACCAAACCCUGGGGUUGUGGGGACUGCAGCAUUCAGACAGCCCGGGCCCUUACAGCUGCACUCAAUCACCUCCAACUCCCACACUGUGGGACCACUGUGUUGGACCUCUGAGCCUCGAGUUUGUUCCUUUACGCUUGAUCCCAAUAAAAGCGUGCUCUGGCCUUCA